UUGGCGGCGAGGAGAAGGGGCUACGCGGAAAGGCCUGACGGCACAGAGCUUGGGGUCGGCUGUGCCGGUCCGGGUUUGCGGUUAAAGCUGGGUCUCCGCCACUGGGCCUGGGAAGAUGGUGCUGGGGGGUUGCCCGGUGAGUUAUUUACUUCUGUGCGGCCAGGCGGCUUUGCUGCUGGGGAACCUACUUCUGCUGCACUGUGUCUCUCGGAGCCAUUCGCACAACACCACCGCCGAGCCCGAGCUCACAUCCGCUGGCGUCGCCCACCCGGAGGGCUCCCCCGGCGCGGCGAGCUGGGAAUAUGGCGACCCCCACUCUCCAGUCAUCCUUUGCUCUUACCUGCCUGAUGAAUUUAUAGAAUGUGAAGACCCCGUGGAUCAUGUUGGAAAUGCAACGGCAUCCCAGGAACUUGGUUAUGGUUGUCUCAAGUUCGGUGGUCAGGCCUACAGUGACGUGGAACAUACUUCGGUCCAGUGCCGGGCCCUAGACGGGAUUGAGUGUGCCAGCCCUAGAACCUUCCUACGAGAGAAUAAACCUUGUAUAAAGUACACUGGACACUACUUCAUAACCACUUUACUCUACUCUUUCUUCCUGGGCUGUUUCGGAGUGGAUCGUUUCUGUCUGGGACACACCGGCACAGCCGUAGGGAAGCUCUUGACACUUGGAGGACUUGGGAUUUGGUGGUUUGUUGACCUCAUUUUGCUCAUCACUGGAGGGCUGAUGCCUAGUGACGGCAGCAAUUGGUGCACUAUUUACUGAAAAGAGCCGCUGUCCUGGCUCAGAGGGGCAAGUCUUCUGAAUUCAUCUCUGCAGGCUCCUCCUGGACGUCAGACUCUUCCUCGAUAUCAGACUCGACCACUGCUUUCCCUCCUUGGAGGGAAUGGAUUUGGUUAGGAAGGUUUCCUUGGACUAUGGAUUUUCAGCGCAGAAUCUCCCCUUACAGACUAGAAAUGACAAGCAAACAAUAUUGUCAGUAUCAUCUGUGUACCUUUCCUCAUGUACAAAAUAUAAAGGAUGGUAAUUAACUUAUAAACUGCAGCAGGGUUUCCACAUUCUUUAUUUCUGUGCACUGCUGUGUUGUCAGUCUUUUGGAGCAAGUGGACCCAAUGGGAUGAGCAAAGUGAAUAUUUUUUGCCUUGUGCCUUUUGUGAUCCUGAGCCUUCACGCAGAGAAGAUCUGGAGCAGAACCAGCAAAAAUCUUCAGCAGAAGUAGAAAUGGUGAUGGAUUUUCAUACACAUUGAGAUUCAACGUUACCAACCUGGAAUGCUGGGUAUUUUCAGGAGGUAGAGUGAAACUCAAAAUUAUACACGUUUAGCUAAAAGCUAGGCAUUUGGAGUGAGCCUAUUAAUUAAACCCUAUUGUUGCAUCAUCAUUAUGCCCAAGAGACAACACAUAUGAUACAAUAAUUUCUUCAUUCCAAUUAGGCUUUGAAAGCCAACAGUAUCAGACAUGUCUAGGUUAAGCUGUACUCUUGGCAGAAUUUUCCUAUCUAAAAAUUCGUAUUUACCAGUUUAGGGAGCUGGUAAAAAAGAUUUCAUACAGGUAACUAUAAAAAUAUUCCUUAUGGUUAGGUAAGAUAAGGUGAGGAACCUCAUGACCUUGGAAAGGAAAACAGACUCUUACUUAAGGGAUAUUAUUUAUGAGUGCUGGCUAGAGUUAGGAUGUGAUUUGUAUGGGCAAAGAGAAAUUGAACACAUUCUGUCAAAAUAAGCAUGGUACCAAAAUCUCUCCCUGUGGGCUACAGCCAUCAGCCAGAGGUAAAGAGAGAACCAAGCUUUUGCAUUCCCAAAUCACUGAGUAUUCAAAAAUGUUCUGAAUUAUAAACGAUUUUAAAAACUUAGUUCCCAUCCCUUGCAAUCUGAGUUGAAAAGAACUGUUAAAGUACACAGCAAAAGGACAAAUUUGUACGUAAUUCAAACUAACGAGCCUGCUACUUCAGUAACUUACAAUUUCUAGCAACAAUCAACGUAGAACUGCUCAAAGUUUAGGCUCCUAAUAAUUGACAUAAAAACCAGGAAUCACAGUUAAACUAACUUUGGAAAUGCUCUAUCAUUAUGAAGCAGUAUUCCUAAAAGUUUCAGCUUUAUUAGCCCUGAUUAAUAUGAUCACUGCUAUUAAGUGAUGGCUAUCAUGUAAAAAUUAAAACAAGUUAUUCUGUCCUACCUUGAAAGUUCUGGACCACAAUGACCUUAACCUUGUUUAUAAUAGUAAUAAUUAAGAUUCUUACUCAUAGUCUCUAAGGCAGAAUUACUUAAAUUCCCAUAGGUCAUGAAGAAAUGACCCUUUCCCCCCAGAAAUGCAGAUACAUAAAAUUUUGCAUAGGAUUUAAGGGAGUUCAAGGAUGUCCCUUAAAAA